UGUACUUCUAAACGAACAAAAGAUUUUUUUCCUCCUCGUUUUCCAGUUGAGAAAUAACGUUUCUGUGGAAAUUGACGUUAAACUGCAACAAAGACAAUUUACCGAACGAUUGGCCAUUACUUGGCUUGCUCUAGCAGUAUUUACAAACAAAUAUAAUAUAUUUUCUAAUAGAAUAAUGGUGUGUCGUUUAUGAGUAGGGGUUUCACAUCACGUGACAUUAGUCAUUUCUUAGGUAUUACAUGUAAAACUGUAUGUCGGACGAUUGACCAUUCGCUAACUGUGGAAGAAGUGUACACACUAAGUAAUGGAAACUAAUGAUGUUAAAACAUGUCAUCGGUGUGUUGUAUGUGAUGAGGUUUUUCAACAAUAUGAUGAUUUAAAACAACACCAUAAAAUGCACAUAAAGGAAGAGAAAACUGAUGAUGUAGAUGAAAUUUGUCACAUUAAAAAAGAGCAAACUGAUGAUGUAGAUGAAAUUUGUCACGUUAAAAAAGAGCAAACUGAUGAUGUAGAUGAAUAUUGUCAUGUUCAUUUUAAUGAAGAAAAGAGUGAUGAUGUCGAUGGACGUUUUCAUGUUAAAGAAAAGAAAAGUUGUCAUGUUGAAAAUAUUGAAACUGUUUACGAGUGUGAACUGUGCGACAAACUAUUCAGAUUAGAAUCUGAUUUAGAAAAACACUGUGAAAUCCAUGUUGAAGAAGAGGAGUCAGUUUUGAAGCACGAGACAAGUUUCAACCAGUAUAACGAAACAGAAAUAAAUGAUCUGUUAAGUUCAGGGCAGCGUGUACAAUGUAAUGUCUGUAGCAAAUUAUUUACGUCCAAGUAUUACCUUAAAGUUCAUAUCAGAACCCACACAGGUGAAAAGCCGUAUUCCUGUGGUAUUUGUGGUAAAUCAUUUAAAACUAACAGCGAUUUAUACCGACAUAUGAGGACGCAUACUAAAGAAAAACCAUAUAGUUGUGAUAUUUGUGGUAGAUCGUUCCGAGAAACAGGUAAUUUAGCACAACACAUGCGAACUCAUACAGGUGAAAAAAGGUACGCCUGUGAUGUUUGUAGUAAGCCUUUUAAUCGGAACAGCGACCUUCAGAGACACAAAAGAUGUCAUUCCGGAGAAAAACCAUACAAAUGCGGUCUUUGUGGAAAAUUAUUUGGCGAUAACGGAAAUUUACGACAACAUCUGAAAACUCAUGCGAAUGAAAAGACAUUUACAUGUGAUGUUUGUAGUGCAUCGUUUAAGCGGAAUAGUGACCUAAAGAGACACAAUAUAGUUCAUGCUGGAGUGAAGCCAUAUACAUGUGAUGUUUGUGGUGAAUCCUUCAGUGAAACUAGUAAUCUAGGACAACACAUGAAAAUUCAUACAUGUACGAAUACGAGUGAAAAAAGUUAUUGUUGUCUUGUUUGUAGCAAAUUUUUUUCAAAUAAUAGUCAUUUACAAAGGCAUAUGAAACUUCACACUAGAUAAAAAAUUUUUUACAUGUGAUGUUUGUGGUAUAAAUCGUUUCGUCAAAGUGGACCUCUUAAAGGAGUUAAAUCGCUAAUAUUUGGGAGAGAGACAGAGAGAGAAAUGGGGUUUAACGUCCACUCGACACAAACUAGGUCAUUUCGGGACUAACAUAUGUUUUUUUAAAAUUUUAUUUACAUAAUUCGCUUGCGCGUAGGGGUCUUUAGCAGUGGGAGGAAACCGGAGGACCCGGAGAAAACCCACAAGGUUGGACAGGCGACCCUACUCCUUGUCACGUACAACCGGGGAUUCGAAACCACGCCAGUUGACUCAAUGACAGACUUUAUGAUACAGCGCACGCACGCUAACCAUUCAGCCAUCCAACCCCCCCUCUAA